GUUGACGCAUCGAAAAUGUCGAAACUGCCGCUUUUGUUGUUUCUCGCGGCCGCUAUUCUCGCGGCAAACGCGAUUUCUUUGGAGCAAAUUGACUCAAAGUUGAACUCGAUUGUCAUCGAAUUGGCCGCCCUGAAAAAAGACCAAAGCGAGACCAAGGCCGAAAUCGGCGAGACAAAGCAACUGCUCAAAGAUUUGAAGCGAGAUUUCCAGCUGGCUUUUUCCAAGGAGGUGUCGAAAAGACUCGAGUGCGACCGAAUCAGCUCGAAUUUGACGACGCUGUCGAACGGAAAGAAAUACUGGAUCCCGGCACAAAACGCGAGCAUCUCGCGCACGUGGUACAAAGCGAAAGAAUUUUGCGAGAAAAACGCGAUGCGCUUGGCCUCUCCCAAGACCAGCGAAGAGCUCGAGCUUCUCAGCCAAAAAGCAGCCUCUCAUUUUGAAGAAGACGCCGGUUUCUGGGUGUCUGCGUCGGACGUGGGCCAGAAGCCGGGCGACUUGCGGUGGCACGGCGGCGACGUGCUGCCGCGACUCAGCCAUUUGUGGUUCUACGGCCCCUACGUCAGCGAGCCGGACGUCAACAGCCAAUUCAGCAAAGUGUGCGUCUACGCCAAACCCUCCGCAAAACUCUACGACGACCCCUGCGGAGCCUCCUACUCGGUCCUCUGCCAGCAGGACGACGCGUGCAUCUUCGAUUGACUUUCACAUUUCAAAAGAAAAUGUUUUUCUUCGUAGUAAAAAUUAAAUAAACUAGUUAGAACGGG